AUGACGAUUCCAAGUUCAAUUGGGUUCCUCAGCGAGGACAGCUGCCUUCCUUGCACGCCGGAGGAGGAGAGGCGCACCAUCCAACAUUUGGACCGUGCCGCCACAUCAAAUCGGAAGGAAGGAGAUCUCUACUAUCUCAUUUCCAGCGAGUAUGAGAAGAAUCCAUCUACUUUGUUUAUUACUUCCUUCAACAUUUCAUCCGGGGGAUGGGGAGGGUGUAGUGUGGAUUCAUCAUAUGCGAUAUAGUCUCAUCCAUGUUUUGGUUGUGAUUGCGGUCUCUGUAAGGACAGAUCUGGGGUGCGGUAUAGGGCUCGAUGGGCUUUACACGAAAUUCAUGCCUGCCUUGCAUUCCAUGAAUAUGAUCUAAUCUAGAGCCUUUUAUAUCGCCUCUGUUACUGGUGUUUAAGAAGCAAUACGUGAAAUAUCAAGGUUUCCAGACAGAUUGGUUUCAGUGGUCAUCCUGAUUUCUAAAUUCCCGCAGUUUGACAGCCCCGUUUCACGAUGAACUCAUCUUAUGUCCUACUAUUCUUUGUACAAGUCGUUUUUUUUUUAACAGGAGGGUAAAUUGUCACAUGUAACAACAUUGAUAUUGCCUUUUGUCAAAUUUGGCAAACUUACGUCCAUAAAUUAUUUCUGCUACCCAAUAAGAAUCUUGUAGUCCAUAAAUCUUGUACCCAAUAACCUUCUAGGGUGCACUGGGUGCCGCCACAACAUUUGUGAAGGAAAUCUUAAACAUUCCAGAUGUCGAUAUUGGUCUGGAUUUGCAUGGGGGAUCUGUUAAAUGCGUACAUUAUAUUUUUAAUGCUCAUCUUCAUUCUGUCGUUUGCUCCUGAUCUCUCAGUGGAUGUCAUAAUUGCUUCUAUUGGAAGACUCAAAUGUAUUUCCUGGAUUUAUUAAAAGUAAAUGUAAAACUGUGGCUAUCGACUAUGUUAAGUUACGACUUCUAUAGCUGGUGAAUUUUUGGAAAAAAAUAUGGCAUUACUGCAAUAUAUGCUGGAUUAGUGUAUAUUCUCUUUCUGUUAUGAAUUUAAAUACGGCCUUUUCAGUAGUAUUCUGAAGUAUGGUUUAUGUGGACAUUAACUCUGGCUUUAUUUAGAUGGUGGAAUGGGUGGAAGGAUUAUGUAGGACUAGAUGAUUCUUCUCAACAGUUGAUCGAGUCCCCUUUGGCUGCAUCCAUCCGACCUGGGCAGAUUGAUAACUCAGAGCUAUUAUCCAGUGAAAUGGACGAUGAAAAUGAUGAAUUGAUUCUCCGUGAAGGAUUGGUUGAAGAAAUAAACUACACUUUGGUUCCUCUUGAAGUCUGGAAGAAGUUCAAAGAAUGGUAAUCGUCUAUCUUGGCCAUCUCUUUUGACCUUUACAAAUUAUAUUGAACGUCUGGUCUGCUGAUUUCUCGGUUUCAUUCAAUUUGUUGAGAAGGUAUUGUUAGCUGUUUUAGAAAAAAAUAACUUCAGUUUUGCUCGCUCUGCAUUUAAGUAUAUAUUUCGUGGGGGCACCUUCCAAAAUAGUGAACCUGGUUUUUAACCUUGCACGUAUUGUCAAAAUUAAAGGAUGCCCAUACAUUGGAACGGUUUUCUAUCAUGAUGCCAAAAAAUGGGACGUUGGGUUUUAUUGUAAUGAUUUACAAAGCGGAGAAUAGUACUCUUCUUGAUUUUUUUCGGAUUAUUUGUUUUUGGAAUUCUAUGGGGAAUCCUCGACCCUGAAAUUGUGCAGUAGCCUGCAGCUGGUGUAUGUGUUACUCAAUUUCUUUUUCUGCUCAUUAUACAUCUCAGCUAAUUUGAAAAUCCAGUGAAUUUUAAUGAUACUAUUGAAAUCAUCCUAUGACAUAUCCUUGCUUUCGUACUCUAGAAGCAACCUGUGUGAGAUGCUUUGUGGACAAGUACUCUCUAUCAAUUACCGAGAAGUCAAGAAGCUAUUUCAGAGUCAUCCAGUACUGAAAUAUCGUAACAUGUCCUAGAUGUUUGGUUUUGGACAUCAUAUAUGGGUAGCAUACUUCUACCUUUCUUAGAUAAGCGUGUGAGUUGCACACAUAGAAGAUUGCUUGUUCAUUUAUACUGUGUCGUACGCAUUUCAUGUUAUCUCUUUCAUAUCUUUUGUUCAGGUAUGGUGGAGGGCCGACAAUAGCACGAAAAUUAAUUCCCCAAGGUUUUAAUAAUAGGGAAUUAGCUGUGGAGGUUUAUCUCCUGUGUCUGAGAUUAAUAAAUGCAGCAGACAACUCCCAGAAGGAUAUUCGAAUCAGCAAAAAGGUAAUUUCGGUUUUUCAGCAUUUCAUGGUGAUUUGGUACCUUGAAUAUGACUCCUCCACAUGAGUAUUCAUCAUCUUGACAGUAUGCAUACUGCGUCUUCUUCUGGCCAUGGGUGAACUUGUUGUCAGAGAGAAACUAACUUAAAGGGAACCAAAAGUGGCCAAAAAACCUCCUGGUCAUUCAUACUUUUCAUGGGAGUUUUACACUAAUGCUCUCCUCUUUUUAUUUUUCUUAACAAUGGAAGAAAUUCGUCUAAACUCAGUUAUUUACAGAAGUAGAUGCCUAUAACCCAUUGUAAGCUUCAUGCUUUGGUGCUAUUCAUGAUUGGUGUUGUGACUCCUGCAAUUGAGUUUUCAAUCUCACCGAAAUUACUGGAAGACUUGGAGCCAUGUUUUUGGCCAUUAUCAUUGAUAAUUUGCAUAAUGAUAAAGAAUAUCAUCGGUUUUCCAUUUUGAUUCGGAAUGAAGAAAGUUGAAACAAAUGAUUCAUAGGAAAUGUGUCACGUUUGUGUCAUCUUAUUUGGCAUUCAUUUAUAUUAUUGUGUUGUAAGUUUAUAUUACACGAUGAGAACAUAAGAAAGAUUGCUUGUUCUGCGAGGGCAAAACAGGUUAUGUUAUCUUUUAUAAUGCUAGCACAACACUUGAACAAAUUCGCUUACGCUUUAAAUUGCAAGGUGGUUUUGAAAAAUAGAAACCUUUGCGCAUGCUUCCACAGAGCAUUUCUGCCCCCUCCUCCGCGAUUAAAAUUUGGUACUCUAAUAUUUAUUUUUGUGGGGAAACUAAUAAAUUGUUCAACAGUUAGUAUAAGAAAAAAUGGAUAAAGUCAUUCUCUGAUCUUAGAGUGAGCUUUUCUGAGCGUUCUUGGCAUAUAAUGUUUCCUUCUCUGUGAUUGAGAUUUUACCUUCAGUUUUUUCGUACUAUUAUCGUGGAACUCCUGCAUCCGUUUUCUGUUAAUUUUAAUAUUUGCAUGAGCGACUUGACAAUAACUAGGAACUUGAACUGACACUGAAGCUGCCUUUAUUUGCUAUUUGGCUUGUUGGGUAUUAUUGGAAUUGCUUGAAGUGCUAACGAUCUUAAUUUAAUUAUGUGCUCUAUUCAGGCUUCUGUUAAUGAGCUUUACAACAGGAUCUCUGCUCUUUUCAAGCUGGAGCGGUCAAAGGUAUGGUUAAUGCCUUUUGACAACUGUUACUCAUUAAGUCAUGAUGACUACUAAGGUUUCUGAACAAUUUAUUUCCCUCAGAUCCGUAUUUGGGAUUAUUUUAGCCGGACGAAACAUAAGGUACUGAGUGAACUGGAUCAAAGUUUGGAAGAAGUUCCGUUGUCAAUGGGUCAGGAGGUAAGCCCUUUGUGGUGUGUGUCUUGAAUGUUUGUUUUCAAAUGUGGAGAAUGUUAUCAUGAUUAGUGAUUGAAAAUAUCUUUCAUAUCUUUCUCGAGUAAGAGUUAAAUUUGGAAAAUAUCCUUAUGGUUAUGUGGAAGUGUUAUUAUCCCUUUUUUAAAGGUGGAUGCACUUCUAUCUUGAUGUUUACGUGGUAUUAUGUUAGCUCAGACUUCUGUUCUGCACAUAGUUUGACAUUUUUGAGGAAUGUCAUACUUUUCUAUUAUUAUGAGAGGAUGUUUAGAAUCUUAUGUUACGUACGAGUGCCCUACCCUUUAAAACUUUUAUACGUGUCUGGGGUGGAUCCCCUCUUGUAUGUUAAACAGACUGUUUUUCCAUUGCUCUGAUUUUUCACAAUUUCGUUGAUGAUGACCACACUGCAAGAGAAAUCUACCGAUGAAAAUGCAUAGGGGAUUAUUUUUAUAUUUGUUUGUACCCUUUUGUUAUGCACAGGGUUCAGUUGGUUCGUUUCCUUUGGACUACUGGAUCUUUGAAAAUUUCUGUCCUGCUGAUAAGUUGUUGUAAAUAAAUAAAACGGAUCCAAUUUCAUUUUAGUCGUAUAUGGCAUGCUUAUCUCCCAAGAUAUUAUCGUUUAUUUAUUUUAAUGAUCGUGUGAUAACUUUUUCGUUUUAUGACCUUCUUUGAAUUACUAUGGAUGCAGGUUCUUUUAGAAGUGCUUAGUGAUGGCGUUUUAUCCCGUGCAUCUGAAGCGGAUUCAACAGGCAACAGACUAGCUUUGGCUCCAUUAGAACCACCAAGGUCUUCCAUUACAAUUGCGGGAGGCCCCACUGUCUCAAAUCGCUGUCCAACUGGGUCUCUCCCUGAUUUGGUGCAGGAAACAAGUUCAGGGUUGUGGAAUCUGGAGAGUCGGAAAGAUUCAUCAAAUAUCGCUACUAAAGUAGAUUCUGGGGGACUUACAGGAUUACUUAAUCUAGGCAACACUUGUUUUAUGAACAGUGCUAUUCAGUGCUUGGUGCAUACACCCCAGUUAGUUGAUUACUUUUUGGGAGAUUUUAAUUUUGAGAUCAACAAGCACAAUCCUUUAGGAAUGCAUGUAAGCAGGAUUUUCAAUUGCAAUUUGGUUGUUUCCUGUGCUAUACGUAUGAUAUAGGAUUGGUGUUACGUAGUUUAUGGCUUCGUAUUUAAGUUUUUUCAUUCUUUUCAAUUUCGUCAAUAUGUGCAGGGUGAGCUUGCUAUUGCAUUCGGUGAUCUACUUAGACAACUAUGGUCCUCCAGUGGCAUGUCAGUCGCACCCCGUUUAUUUAAAGGAAAACUUGCACGGUUUGCCCCCCAGUUUAGUGGGUAUAACCAGCAUGAUUCCCAGGUUCGUAACAUCUUUCACUUGUUUUCAUCUGAUUUUGAGUUUGGUACUUGUUAUGAUGUCUAUUUCCUCUCUUAACCAGUCAAGACGGCUUCAUAUUUCCUUUUCAUGUCUGCUUAUGUUCUAUGUUUUUUCUUGUUGUUGCAACCCUCGUUUCUAAGGUGUACUUUUUUGUAAUGCUAUUACUGUGAACUUUUCUCAAGAAAAGUUGAAGUAAAAAGGAAGAACAUUCAGAUGCUUAUGCUAGCGUGAUGGCCAUGUUAAGGUUUUUCUUUUUUGGAUAAUUUUGUGCAUUGGAACUGUUGAAGGCCACUGAUUUUGGACUAUGCAUACAAAAUCGCUUUUUGUUGGGAAAAUAACUAAAUGCAUGAAUUUUAUUCAGUGGUAUCAAGUGCACCGAGGCAAAGAGACAGAUCUUUCAGUUAUAUACGAUGUCGCCACAUCUUCAUCUCUCUAAAGGUGAUCCUCAAAGUGUGGCGAGGAAGAUACAGAGAGUUUAGAUGAUUAUGUUUUAGCCCAGUUGGGGGAUUAUUAGUGUGGAGACCAUACUUGUUUUGUUGAGAUUUUUUUUUUCUUCUUCCAUCUCGAAAGUGCUUGCUUCCAUAAAGACAACGAGAACGGAUUGCAUAGAGAACAGUAAAAGCAAUGCGUUAUUCUAUGGCAUUGAGGUUCUCUCAGAAAGGGUAUUAUGGUAUGUACGAAUUGUUUUCGCGCUGUUCUUCUGUCCCCUAUCCUUCCCAAUUUUCACGUCAGGUCUUUUAAUGUUGAUGUUGCCUUGCUCUCUGUUGUCUUUUAGUUUAAUAUUCUUCCCCAGCUAGAGUCCCGUUACCCUCGAAACAUUUUCAAGCUGGCAAAUCUUCCCUUUAUCCUUUGGCUAUUAAAAUCAUUUUUUUGUGUUCCAAAGAAGCUAUCUUGGUCUCACUUAUCUUUCAACAGCUUUCGCUGAUCCAUCUUUAUCGGCAUCGUCUUUAUUUCAGGAGCUACUCGCAUUUCUACUUGAUGGGCUGCACGAAGAUCUAAAUCGUGUAAAAAAUAAGCCUUAUAUAGAGACAAAAGAUGCAAAUGGCCGUCCAGAUGAGGAAUUUGCAGAUGAAUGCUGGGAAAACCAUAAAGCUCGAAAUGAUUCCAUUAUCGUAGAUGUUUGCCAAGUAUGCUUUUACUGUCACAUUUUUUAUUCAUUUUAUUUGUCAAUUUUUAAGUUUUUUGAUAGACUUUUUACAUUUUUUUAAAACCUUUACCAAAAAACUGUGUCUGAGAUUUUGGGAAGUCUCAUAAAUGUGAACAACAAUAAUGACCUUAUGCGACUAUCAAGCGGAGGAAUCUGUUGGGUGUCAAAGAUUCUGAGAAAUCAACUCGUUUCAUCCGUUAAAGAGUAGCUCUUUUCUGCGUAUUUACAGUUACUGCCGUAAGAUAGUGGAUCACUUGCAUAGAUUAUUAUAAAAUAGCUUCUAAACCUGAGAAUCUGAUAAUGUUAUGAAUUUGACUUUCUAACCGAACUUUUUUCUGGGGUUAUUAUUAAAAUGAUAUAGAGAGCUGCCGAAUGCAUAUAGAUUUGUGUUAUUUGACCGAAUCUUUAUGCUAUAACUCGGGAUUUGAAAUUUAAUAUCGGAUGUUCUGUAUUACAACCUUUCAUACUGUGCACUGCCUCUUGCGUCCAUUUUAGCAUUCUGAAAUUGAGGAUAAUUUGCCAAUUUUUGUAGAUGCUCAACUGGAGCCUGAAAUUUUGUUUUGGUUAGUCAGAGCUUUCCUGUUUUAGCUUUGGGAAGUUCCCACUCCAUUUUCCUUCUGUCUUUGGGAAGUUUUUGUUUACGGUGUUUCCUUUGGGAUUUCCUUUUUUUUAAGGCUAGAGGGAUAAAUAUAGAAAUAUCCCAGGUUUCUUGGGUGGACUUGGAGAAAUAUAAAUGGACAUGGAUUGGAGUACUCUGCGUAUGUUCAUUGUUGUAUUGUUUCCAGUCAGGUUGUGAUUUGUGAAGCUAUUUUGGACUAUGAAAGUUUUUUGAACUUUAUCAGUAUAUCAUUGAAUCAAAUCCAGGUUCCAUAUAACACAUUAAUCACAAAACAGAGGGAUGUUCGGAUGGUGACGGUUAAUAUCAACAGAAACGAGUCCUUUUCCUCUUGUCAAGGUCGUCGCUCUCAUGUUGCUUGUCUUACUUCUGUCGCCAAAUGUAAUCCAGAUGUAACCAGAUAGUGACACAAUUAGUGAUAUGCUGGCUAAGUUAAGACACAUUUUUAAACCAAAUGAUUUUUUCGUGUUAACAUACAAACAGUGUAUCACCCAAUUUUCUCAAAUGUUCUACUCAAAUUGAAUUCAGUGGAUGUCAUGAAUUUUCCUGGUGGAGAAGUUUCUCAAUUCACCCCGAGGGUAAUGAGGGGAAGAGAGAUGCUUUAGGUGCAUCAGCAUUUUUUUGUGUACUACUUUUUCAUAUGUGUUGCAUAGAUCAUUGAUGAUAGUUAACCACACUCUCAGGGUCAAUACAAGUCAACGUUGGUUUGCCCGGCUUGUAGCAAAGUUUCAGUGACAUUUGACCCGUUCAUGUACUUAUCACUGCCCCUGCCUUCAUCUGUCACCCGUACAAUGACGGUCACUGUUUUCUACGGUGAUGGAAGUCGUCUUCCUAUUCCAACAACUAUAACAGUGCCAAAACAUGGCUGUUGCAGAGAUCUCACUCAGGCUAUAAGUACUGCUUGCUGCUUGAGCCAAAAUGAGGCUUUACUUCUUGCAGAGGUAAGGAACUGGAGCAUGUACUCUAUUAUGAGAAAUUUUGACGCUAGAAAGGAAAACAAAAGAUUUUGUUGUGCUGAAUGCUUGAAUUACUUUUUCUGCAGAUUCUUAACCACCGGAUAUAUCGAUACUUUGACAAGCCUCUCGAGCCAUUAUCUAACAUAAAGGAUGAAGAUCAUAUCGUGGCUUAUAGACUUCCUAUGAAGCAUGAGAAAUCAAUAAAACUGGAGAUAACGCACAGAAAGAAAGAUAGGUUAGUCCUUGUAAGCUUGAUGGUACUUUUGAUGCUUUAAGUGGAAUAACGUUUAUUCUGCUUUUUGUUACAUGAUGUUCUGACCUCUGAUCCGGAUGUGCCUCUGGAGAAUGGUCUUUAUCGGAUAGAAAUCUGCUUCUCAGCUUGUCUCUUCGCAUCAGAUGAUCACUUAUUGAAAUGGUUUUCCCAUGAUGACAGUCACUGUAAUUUUCUUUAUACCGAGUCCCAUGAACAUGCCUUUGUGAAAAGAUAAAAAAGAAUAUGUGUAGAACACCAAGUUUUUGAUCAAUUCGAAUGUCGCGUGCUGGUACUCAUGGAUCUUUUUAGACUGACAGUAAUGGCUGUUGUAAGUUAUAUAUCCAACGAGGUUUGAAUCUGUGAGUCUCAGGUCCAACUCUUUUUGAAAUGUACCCUUGUAUAUUCUGUGGCUUCGAUCCGCGGACUCCCUAGACUCCCAUCCGAAAAGAAAAUUCGAGAUUUAUCGACUGUAUCUCGUAGCUUCAUCUAAUUUCUUUUUAUCCGUUGAAACAAAUUGAAUGAUGGAUUCCGAAAGUGCACCAUCUUCUAUGUUAUCCUAGCAGGUGACGAGAUGUGUAGUCUCUUAUGUGGUUAUCAAACCAGAUCUAAUAAAUCACACUUACGGGCACAUUAGGGAUUGCUAUCCUUGUCACCGGCGAGAUUGGCCGUGAAGAGCAGCAACUGUGGCCACCCACACGUUUCUUUCUCUGAUUUACUACGCUUCAAUCAUGGGAUUGGGGUUGAAACAAUGAGAUGUGGGGUUCUGGUCUCUAAGCUGUGACAUUUCUAUCAACUCUCUGUUUUGUUUGCACUGUUAACUUGUGAUAUGAAAUAAAAAAUACCCGUGUAAAAUCUUUGGUUGGAACCUUUCCCAUGGUAUAAUAUGUGUGUGUAGGUGUACGAUUUUCUCUGGUGCUGACCCGCCAAUUUUCUUUCAGAUCUACGUCUGGCUUUCAGAACACCGGUUAUGACAAGUUUUUCGGAACACCAUUGGUGACCUGUCUUCCUGACGGCUCACUGGAUAAUUCCAACGUUCACGGUGCUCUGAGUCUUGUUCUCUCACCCCUUUUGCGUAAAAGGACCUCUGAAGUUUCUUCCAGAAGCAGCAAGGAGAAUGGCUAUGGUUCUGGUUCCAAUUCUGUCACCUUGACAGAAAAUCUCAAUGUUCUUCAAGAGGAGAGGAGCCUCGCACUAUCUGAUGCGGAGCAGGAAGAUGAUGAGAUCCCACCUUUUGAAUUUUCAUUUGCAGAUGAGAAGGAUUCAGGCAGAAAUUCCUUCUUCAAGGAUUCCCCUCCUCCCAGCAGACGUGUGAAAGUUUUGGUCGACUGGUCAGAGAAAGAACAGGGUCUCUAUGAUUUGAGCUUCCUGGAGGAUCUCCCCGAGGUUUACAAGAACACAGGAUUUUUUGCCAAGAAAACACGGCAAGAGGCGGUCAACUUGUUUUCCUGCUUGGAAGCAUUUCUGAGGGAGGAGCCUUUGGGGCCCGAUGACAUGUGGUACGCCAUCUGCCUUGCUUAGAACUAGCUCUAUGGUUAGUUCUCAGUUCCAUUUUCUUACGUCUUUUAUUUAUUACUGCAGGUAUUGUCCGGGCUGUAAGAAGCACAGACAAGCGACCAAGAAGCUGGACUUGUGGAGACUACCGGAUAUUCUUGUCAUUCAUCUGAAACGGUUCUCGUACAACAGGUUCAUGAAGAACAAGUUGGACACGUUUGUGAAUUUCCCCACCUCCGAUCUUGAUCUAAGCCAAUACGUGAUGCACAAGUCUGCCACGAUGAGAUCGCAUGUGUACGAGCUGUACGCCGUGAUCAACCAUUACGGUGGCUUGGGAGGUGGUCAUUACACUGCCUAUGCGAAGGUAAUGCGGCAUUGCUCGAUGCUUUCUAUCUCAACAUCUGAAUCAUCCCGAAUCGUUCGCUUAGGAUUUGUUCAUCAUUAGCGAGGAAAGCUUUUUGGUGGCAACUUAAAUGGCCAAUUUGGCUCAUUUGUCAUGAAAUUAUGCACGGAUUCACUUGUGCACAGUUGUACUUUCUUCGAUGUCUAUGAAAACUACAUGGCACUCUCUUCCUUGUUUUGAUCCGAUGUCCGCCUGCGAGUUUCUCAUCUCUUUUCGUCACAACGUAUCUUCCCUAACCUGGUGGCGGUGAUUCUGCAGCUGCCGAAGGAAAACCGGUGGUACCACUUCGACGACAGUCACGUCUCCCCUGUCAGCGGCGAUUCGGUGCGGACAGCCGCGGCUUAUGUCUUGUUCUACCGCAGGGUGGAUGGCGACACUCCGAUGCAAGAGGCAGACGCCUCCAGCCACCCUUCUUCCAGCAGGGGAUCCUCCCCUUGA